AGACGGUGAAGAUCCAAGAAAAAGUAACACCUUCGUGUUUCAAUUGAUGGAUUCUAAUGAUUCUUCUUUCAAAGUAUGUCGGAAGUUUUUUUUGAAUACUCUGGGGUACAGUGAUCACUGUGGGUAAGUAAAUAUAUUUCAAAGGGUUUAAAUAAUAUUUAUGCCAAGCUGAAAUUCAUCCCAACAGUAACAUAAUUUAUCGGUGUGUUGAAGGUGAGCAGCUGAAAGAGUCCCAGCGAGGAAAGUACAAAAGAAGUACGGAGAAACGAGAUGCCAUAGAGAAGCAUAUUAUGUCAUAUGGUCCUACAGUAUCGCAUUAUCGCCGAGAACACGCUCCCAACCGUUACUACCUCCCCUCCGAUCUGUCCGCGACAGAUAUGUAUAAGGAUUUUCAAAGUAUUCACGGAGAUACUGCUGCAACAUACGUCCUCUACUGCAAGAAAAUGCGAGAAAUGAAAAUAUCGUUGGUAAAGUUGGGAAAAGAAGAAUGUGAGCUUUGCGUUACUACAAUUCAACAUCAAAAAAACAUGGGACAUACGGAUACUAUUGCCACCGAAAUUUGUUCGACAUGUUCAAGCUAUAACGAACAUAAGCGCAUUGCCGAAAUGUGUCGCGUUGCGUACCGUUCAGAUGGGGAGACAGCAUUGCCAGAUACUUUGGUUUUGGCUGUAGAUCUCCAAAAGGUCAUACAGUUACCAAGAAUCGAAGGUCUGAAAAGCAUCAUAUUCUCACAACGGCUCCUGGCGUUCAACCAAACCUUUGCUCCCGCUGGGAAAUAUACAAAGUCGUUUCCGGUUGUGGCUUGUACAUGGGACGAAUCUACCGCGGGUCGUUCUGCAAAUGACAUUACCAGCACGUUCCAAAAGGUAAUUUUGCAUUAUAGUAAAAUGAAGAAGAUCACUUUCUGGAUGGAUAACUGCGCGGCACAAAACAAAAACUGGAACUUGUUUUUGCAUUUGAUUCUUCUGGUAAAUUGUAAGGAAGUUGAAGUGCAGGAAAUUACUUUAAAAUAUUUUGAGACGGGACACACCUUCAUGGCUGCUGAUAGCUAUCACGCAGCUGUCGAGAAGAAAAUGAAAACUAAAGCACCGGUAACGAUCGACGAUUUCAAGGAUGUGUUGGAAUGUGCAGAGAAAAAUGUAACAGUGUUCCAAAUGCAUCAUCAGGAUUUUUUUGAAACACGGCAGCAGAUAUCUCAGUACGCUCUCAAGAAUAUCCAUCCUCGGCCUUAUAUGGACAAAAUGAAGCAGGUUGUAAUCCAAAAAGGAAGCUACGCUUUGAAGUACGGCGAUUCGUUGAACAUGGGUGCUGUGUUGGGCAGUGUUAUGCUAUUCACUAAGAAACAACUUAAAGUGGUGUCGUCUACAAGUUUCGAUCUGUUUCAAGAUUUACAUUUUAAACAGCUUCCGCGAGGGAUCGAGUUAAAGCGUAAAACAGCAUUAUUAAAGGUAAUUUUCCCAGUAAUUGAAGAGGACAAAAAAGAGUAUUGGAAAACUCUGGCAGAGAAGGAGACGUCUGAUACCGAUGAGGAUAAAUGAAUAAUUAUUGAAUUUCUUCAAAAAUCUUUUAAAUAAAUUAAUCAAAUAAACUUGGAAAAAUAUACGUUGUUCUUCGUUGAUGAUUUGCCUUGACGUUGUCUUAUUAUGUGUGACCGAAAUAAGGAAAUAUCAUCAUAUUCUUCUGUGAGACUGUUAUGCAUUUAUUUUGAACAUGGGACAGGUCGUGCAAGAAUUUUUUUUUUAAUUUGCGGAACUUUUUUUUUUAUUUUGAUGACACUGAUAAAGAAGAAGCGAUUUAUAGUCGUUUUUUGGAUUUAUCUCGAUUUUGAUGGAAAAUCACGUGGGACUCUUAUGCAUUUAUGGGCAG